AUGUCCUCUCGCCAACAAAGCCCAAAUACCCACUAUGACGACCACAGCAUCCUCAACAGGAAUUCGGAAAGGGCGGCUAAGCGCCACCGUAAGAUUCUUCAUAGGUCUCACAAAGCCCGCUAUUCGUCUUACCACUCGUCUUGGAGGUGUGAAGCGUAUUUCGGGUCUAAUCUAUGGGAGACUCAUGGUGUCUUGAAAUUUUCCUUGAAAAUGUCAUUCGUGACUCAGUAA